UCCUCAAGUCCUCACUCUCACUUCAGUCCUCACUCUCUCACUAAACCAAGCUCUCUCUCUCUCUCUCUAGCUCACCAUGGAACCACCGUCACCUCCGGCCACAUUCCUCCUCCUCCUCCUCCUCCUCUCCGCCACCGCCGCCGCCGCGCCCGCCGCCGCCGCCGCCAACUCCUCCGUCUCUCCACCACACGCCAUUUCCCCACCGCCGCCCCCUCCCCCACCCGCAACCACAGCCUCUCCCCACCACCUCUCCGCCUGCCGCCGCCGCCGCCCCGCCGCCGCCACCUCCCCCUCCGCCUCCCCCGCCGCCCCAUCAACCCCGACCACCCCCUCCGCCCCUUCCUCCUCCUCCUCCGGCCUCGACCCGAAGCAGCUCCAAGCCCUGCAGUCCCUCAACAUCCCCAUCCCCAAGGACCCCUGCUCCCCGCUGUCCGCCGCCGCCGCCGCCGCCACCGCCUGCGACGCCGGCAAGCCCUUCCGCCACCUGACCUCCCUCCGCCUCGCCAACUGCUCCCCGGACGACGUCGCCCUCUCCUUCACCGCCCUCAAGUCCCUCUCCACCCUCCAGUCCCUCGCCUUCCUCAACUGCCCCGUCGCCCCCGUCCGCCUCCCCGCCGAGCUCGCCGCCUCCCUCCGCUCCUUCUCCUGCGUCCACAGCCUCCGCCACCUCACCGGCGUCUGGCUCUCCCGCCUCAGGAACCUCACCGACCUCGCCGUCUCCGACGUCCCCGUCAACGCCUCCGGCCUCUACGUCAUCCUCGGCAACAUCAAGAACCUCCGGUCCCUCACCAUCUCCCGCGCCAACUUCACCGUAUCUCCCCGCCACUGGGACCUCAACAUCACCCACAUCGAUCUGUCCGGUAAUCAGCUCAAGGGGCCCAUACCCUCAUCCAUUACCUUCCUGGAAAACCUCCAAUUGCUGAAUCUCUCCUCCAAUGCGCUCGCCGGAGUGAUACCCACCGAGAUCGGCAACCUGAUCUCGCUCAAGAACCUGUCUUUGGGGUCCAAUUCGAUCUCCGGCAGCGUCCCGGAGUCGAUGUCGGCAAUCCCGGGCCUCAUCCACGUCGAUCUGAGCUCGAACCAGCUCAACGGGACCAUCCCCAAGUUCUUCACCGAGAUGAAAAGCCUCAAGUACUUGAAUCUUGAGAAGAACAACUUCCAUGGGAUCAUGCCUUUCAAUGAGUCGUUUAUCAAGAAACUAGUGGUCUUCAAGAUUGGGGAGAACAGCAACCUGUGCUACAACCACACCGUCAUGUCGUCGAAAGUGAAGCUCGGGAUCGCGCCUUGCGACAAGCACGGGCUCCCGCUGUCGCCUCCGCCUGCAAAGGGGGAUUCGACGGCGGACGACAGCGGCACGUCGGACGACAGCGACAGUGACAGCAGCGAUUCCGGCAAGAGCGGCCACCACCACGGGCCGAACAAGGUCGUUCUCGGUUUCGCGAUCGCGCUCUCCUCCAUCGUGUUCCUUAUCGUGUUCCUGGUUCUCCUAUCUAGAUGCUGUAAAUGAUGCAUAUACCAGAACUCAUUGCUGCUAAAUUAGGAAAUUAUAGAAGUAGAUGGGGGAGAAAUUUGGCAAGUUAGUGUUGAUUUUAAUUGUUUGAUUCGUCAUAUACAAAAGGGUGCUCGAGAAGAAGAGGGUUCAAUGGCAGAGAGGGGGGGAUAACACAAGAUUGGCGAGAGAGAAUUGAAUUGCAGAGGGUGAAUUUUUUCAUUAAUUAUUUCCCAUGUUGCUUUGGGUUAUUGUGUGUUAUAUAACUCAUAAAGGUGGUUGUUUUGCAUGUAUAUGCAAUGUUGAAAAUGCUAUCACCGUUUGAGCUUGAAA